CAAUGGAGUAAUUUUCUUCGAGCCGCACUGCCCCAGUGUCUCAUCUUGCAGCUGCGCAGCACAUCUGAAAAAUUUUUGAAAUCUCUAUAUAAGAUUACUAGUUUGCCUUCAGAAUUGUAAGAAUAUAAUUAAUAACAGGAAUUAGUAGAAGAAUAAGAUUACAAUAUGGGUUCAUUCAGAUCUGGUUCCAAAUACAAUAGAAAAAACAGUGGCAAAUCUAAAGAAGCCAAAUAUUACAUUAUCAAUCAUGGUAAACCAUCAGUAAGAAAAGAUAAGUAUAGAAGAUACUAUCAUCAACAACCAAAGAAUUUGGUUUAUGUUGAAGAACCUGACUCAGAAGAAGAUGAGGAAGAAGAAGAAGAAAGUGAAGAAGAUAAUACUUUAACAGCCUUUGACUCUGAUGACGAAGAAGAAGUUUACGAAUUCAAUCUCGAUGACAAUGAAGACGAUGAAGACGAAGACAUUGAAGAAGAUAGUGAAGAUGAAGACAGCGAAGAGGAAGAUAGUGAAGAUAGUGAAGACAGUGAAGAUAGUGAAGAUGAUGCUAGUGAUGUUGAACUUUAUUUAAUCGAUGAUGAUGAUGUCAUUGAUUUGAACGAUGAAUUAGAAAAUGAGGCUGUUGAAGCUUUCGAUGCUGCUGGUAAGGUUGAUGACUUGAACGACGAAAUUGUUAGAUAUUAUGACGAUGACGAUGAAUUACUCGAGCCAGAAGACAUAUAUGAUGUGGUUGACAUAAAUGAUCAAUUACAAGCUGAAGCCGUUGCCCAAAUUUUAGCUGAAGAAGAAGAAGAAGAUUCCGAUGACUCUUCUGACUCUGACUCUGACUCCGACUCCGAAACUUUAGACUAUUCAUCAGAUUUGGAAGAACUCAACGAUGAAUUGCAAUUGGAAAAUGUCAGACAAGCAUUCGAAGAAGGUUUAUACAGUGGUGAUGAAUUAUCUGAAGAUGAAGAUUCCGAAUUAGGAGAUGAACCUGAAUAUUUUGAUGUCGAUUCUGAUAUUGAUGAAGAAGAUGAUGAAGAAGUAUAUGAUGCUGGUAAUCCUUCUAAUUAUGAAUUCUAUGACUCUGACAGUUCUGAUUCUGAUGAUGAUGGUGAAGGUAUUACCAUUUAUAGACACAGAUUUGAUUUACCAGAUGGAGAAAGUGAAAAUGAUUCAACUGAUGAAGAAUUAAUUCCAUUUGAUGAAGAAGAAGAUGAAGAAGAAUCAUACGACCUUUAUGAUGAAGAUGGAUACUUAAUUGCUAAUGAUAGUGACGAAGAUGUUGAAGUCAUUGAUUUAUCUAAAGAUUUAGAAAAUUCUAAAGACUUUGAAUUAAUUGAAGUUGACGAUAAUACUUACAAAUUAAAUGUAACUUUCCCUUCUUUAGUUAAGGAUGAACUUAAAAUUGAUUUCAAAAAGAAUGAAAAUGAAUUAAUAAUCAGAGGUAAGUUUAAUUUCAAUGUUGAAGAAAGUGACAUUGAUUUUGAUGAUGAAGCUGAUGAUGAAGAAGAUGACGAAGAUGAAGAUAUUGAAGGUGAAGUUGUCUUAGAAGAAGUCGAAGAUGAUGAAGAUGAUGACGAAGAAGAUGAAGAAGAAGAAGACAAUAUCGAAGCUGAGGUUGUUUUAGAAGAAGAUGACGAAGAAGAACCAAAGAAAGUUGAAGAAAUAAACGAUGAUGAAGAAGAAGAAGAAGACGAUGACUUCGAAAUCGAUGAAGAUGAAGAAGAAGACAGUUUUGAAUGGUCUGGAUUUGAAGGUCAAGAUCCAGAAAAUGCUGACAGUUUCAUUGUUGAUGAAGAAGAUUUUGAAGAAGAUGACGAUGAAGAAAUUCAAGAAGAUGCUCAAUCUUUAAUCAAGGACUUUAAGAAUCAUGAAAUUGGAUUUGAAAAGCAUUAUCAAUUCGAUAAGAUUAUUAAAUUUGAAGAAAUAAAAGCUAGAUUUGUCAAUGAUGAUGAAUUAGAAUUGAUCAUUCCAUGUGAAAGUGAAGAAGUUGAUAAGUCUGCCAAUGUUGUGUCCAUUUCAGUCGAACCAUAUGAAGAAAUUGAACAAGAAAAUAAUGCUGAUGACGAUGACUCCACCACUGAUGAAAUUGAACCUCAAGAAGAUCAUGAAGAAUUCCAAGAUGCUUCUAUGGAAACUGAACAGUGAAAUCUUGAAAAGUAUAAAAUUAUAAAUUAUAAAGUUAUAAAGUUAUAAAGCCAUAAAUUUAUUUCGCAACCAUUUCAUAUCCAACCAUAAUGCACUUUCACUUCGUCACUAAUAAAUUUUCUCUGUUCGUAUUUAUGAAAAAUGCUUCAUAGCCCAUAUAGAUUUGUAUUUUAGUUAGUAUUCCAUAAUUCCCUAAUAUAUUAAACCAAUCAAUAGGAAU